AUGGAUUAUUGGAAGUCAUACAAGACGCUAAGGUUUGCAAGACAGAUCGAUAUGGGAACUCCUGAGGGAAGUUUUGGAGAAUUGCCUUCCUACCAAUACACGAUAAGACAGGCAAAUCCGGGUACAAUAACGCGUCUUCAAAUUGAUGAGUGUGACAGAUUCAAGUAUGUCUUCAUUGCUUUUGGUGCGAGUGUUGCUGGGUUUGCUUACAUGCGGAAAGUUGUUGUUGUGGAUGUUGCUAUUCCAGACGAGAGGAAUUUUGCGAUCAUCUCGGACAGACAUAAGUCAAUAGGGAAAGCAAUUGGUGAUGUGUAUCCGUUGGCUUCUCGUGGAAUUUGCACUUAUCAUUUGUACAAGAACAUAUUGGUAAAGUUCAAAGGGAAACAUUUGUUCCCACUUGUGAAAAAAGCGGCUAGGUGUUUUCGGAUGGCUGAUUUUACAGAGGCAUUCAAUGAGAUUGAAGCGCUUCAUCCUGAACUACAUGGAUAUCUCCAAAGAUCUGGGGUGCAAAUGUGGGCACGCGUUCAUUUCCCGGGUGAAAGGUACAACCUAAUGACUUCGAACAUUGCGGAAUCUAUGAACAAAGCACUAUCAAAUAGUAGAAGUCUUCCAAUAGUUCGACUGUUAGAAUCCAUACGGAAUAUGAUGACUAGAUGGUUUGCUGAACGGAGAGAGGAUGCGAAAUCACAGCUAACAACGCUCUCACGAGGUGUUGAAAAACUGUUAGAGGGUCGUUUAACUGCAUCAAGACUUUUUGAAGUACAACCGAUUGAUGCUUUACGUGUACAAGUACAAUAUGGAACAUCUUUGCAUGUUGUAAAUUUGGAUGCAAAAAGAUGCACAUGCCGCCGUUUCGAGCACGAGAAAAUACCAUGCGUCCAUGCAAUCGCAGCUGCAGAGCAUAUGGGUGUGUCUCGUAUUUCCCUGGCCGAUCCGACCUACCGGAGCAAUUAUUUGGUUAACGCGUACGCUGAUUCAAUCUCACCUCCGGAUACUGCACUCCCUGUUCCUGAAAUUGUAACUAACCAACCGUGCGUGCCUCCGAUCGUUGCAACCCAGCCAGGAAGGCCGGAGAAAAGCAGGAUUAAAUCAACUGUUGAAAUUGCACUUCAUAAUAAACGCCCGAGGAAGCCACACGCAUGUUCUCGAUGUAAAGAAGUUGGGCAUAAUGCAAAAACUUGUCGGAAGUAG